CUAAAGGAGGGAGCCAGGCAGAGACACACAGAGGAUUGAGAGGAGCAGGAGAGGUGGCUAUCUCUGGGCUGCUCUCCACUGCAGCGUCUGGCUUUCACUAAAAGGUCUAUGACCGUGUUUUUCCUGCGCUUGUUUGCCUAAUUUAUUCCUGCCGAGGCCAGCAGAAAGAAAGGCGGAACAGAGAAGAAGAAAAAAAGGACGGGCAGAAUAGUAAAGAGUGCAACAGUACACCCUGACUUGCUGACAGGGAAUGCAGAAAGGUUCUGGCCUCUGGUUGUUACUGCUGGAUGGACAAGCACUGACAAAACAAGAGACAAGACUUUGUGGGCUUUGAGAAAGGGGGAGAUUUCUCAACUCUGCUUUUUGUUCUGGCUCGUUGUUGUUUUACUGUGACAUUUGAGCCUCUGACACGACAGACUCGGAAGAGUUGGGGGAGCCACCAGAAAACAUCAUAACACCACAGACACAGAAGAGGAGGAACUAUUUGAUGAAAUUUGUUGCUGCAGAGACCACAAAGACAUUACUCCAGGAGUGAAAGCAGUGUAUCGUCUUUCUCAACACUUAUUUAACUAUCAAGUGUGGAAUCGGUUUCAGUUGGAUGUUUUUGGCUAUUUAUCUGGCACAGAGGUGUUCCUGAGCCAAAACACUUAUUGUAUAUAAAAGCUGAAGUGACUCAGUGGUUGUGUCCUUUCAGAAUACCAAAGAAAGAAACAAAAACCCAAUUUCCAAAACUCCCCACAAGCCUUUUUUUCUUUUCUUUUGGGGACGUAUGACUGAGCAUUUCCAGAGCAAAACAUGAUCUUAUUUUUCCUCUUCAUCACUAUAACCUUUGCUUCUAUAACAGCCCCGACAAGUCAAGAGUGAGUCUGGACUAGAACUGCCUCAGAUCAGCAGAUAACACAUCUGCACGGCAGGAACUGGUUGGACUAGUUUAUAAGUUGGAGGAGAGGGCAGGGCAGUUUAACCCUGCCUGAAGGAGAGCUGUGUUUUAUUUUCCUCCCACUUGCUUAUCCUUUUGGGGAGAAAGUUGAGUGCUGAGAGAGGGGCAGAGCUUAUUUUUCAUUUGGAGAGCGACUCUGUUUUGUCCCUUGUCACUAUGCUUAGGGAUAGGUGAGGUGUUUAUCUUUUUACUUCUUCCAGGGGGGAGACGGAGAGAGAAAGUGGGAGGGAGAAAGAGUCAAAGUGUAAUUUAUUGUUUCCAGUGAAAAGAGCAAGGCUGCACCCUUUUUUCCUGCUUGAACUCUGAACCACUCAAUGUGUGUCUGAAGUUUUCUCAGACCUUGGGAGCCAUUGAUACGAGGUCAGGGUAGAGAACACAAGAAGGAAAGACAGGAACAGAGAGAGCAGAGGGAAUAAAGAAGAGCGAGAGAGAAAACAGCACUGGGAAAGACCUCCAGGUCAUUACAACCAGACGCCAAAGGGGAGAAAGGUCAACACGGGAGAGUCCGGGACGACUUUUUAUCCCACUUCUAGAUUCUUUUGGACAAAGCCUGCCUUUAAUACAAAUCUGGAGCCACUCUUUUCUUGUCUGGGACCAGUUUUUAGACUUUGAGGGUAGUUUGAAGCUGGGGGAGAGGGCGCGUCUGUGUAUGAUCUACUCACAGGGCUGCGUGUUUCAAAGAAUAUGGCCAUGGUGAGCGGGGGAUGGGGCAACCCCAACGGGGACACUAAUGGACUGGGGGAGAAGGCUUACCUGAGAAGGGAGGAAGAGGAGAGCUCGCCUCAGGCCGGGAGCAGCGAUGUAGACGUCGGGGACGAGGACAAGGCUUGCGUGGUGGACUGUGUGGUGUGCGGGGACAAGUCCAGCGGGAAGCACUACGGCGUGUUCACCUGCGAGGGAUGCAAGAGCUUCUUUAAGAGGAGCAUCAGACGAAACCUUAACUACUCCUGCAGAUCAAAUCGAGAAUGCCAAAUCGACCAGCAUCACCGCAACCAGUGCCAAUACUGCCGUCUGAAGAAAUGUUUCCGUGUAGGAAUGCGCAAAGAAGCAGUCCAGAGGGGCCGAAUCCCUCCAUCUCACUCAGGUAUCAGUCCCAACUCCCUGCCAGGUGGGGUUGCAGGCGCAGGCCCAGGUCAUAUUGGGGCGGACUUCUUCAACGGGCAGCCGGUGUCAGAGCUCAUCUCCCAGCUCCUCCGGGCUGAGCCGUACCCCAGCAGCCGAUACGGGACCCCGUACAGUCAGGCACAGAUGCAGGCGUCUGCGAGUGGAGCCUCCGUCAUGGGCAUCGACAGCAUCUGUGAGCUGGCCGCCCGGCUCCUCUUCAGCACCAUUGAAUGGGCCAGAAACAUCCCAUACUUUCCAGAACUGCCAGUCUCAGAGCAAGUGGCGCUGCUUAGGCUGAGUUGGAGCGAGCUCUUCAUCCUGAACGCAGCUCAGUCUGCUCUGCCUCUACACAUGGCUCCUCUGCUGGCAGCUGCCGGGUUUCACUCAUCUCCCAUGUCUGCUGAGCGUGUGGUGUCCUUCAUGGACCAGGUCAGGAUUUUCCAGGACCAGGUGGACAAACUGAAGAGGCUGCAGGUGGACUCAGCCGAGUACAGCUGCCUCAAAGCCAUUGCACUCUUUUCACCUGAUGCAUGUGGUCUGACAGACCCAGCCCAUGUGGAGUCCCUACAGGAGAAGGCCCAGGUCGCCCUAACAGAGUACGAGAGGUUGCAGUACCCCAACCAGCCGCAGCGCUUCGGCUGCUUACUGCUGCGCCUCCCGGCUCUGCGUGCCGUGCCGGCCAACCUCAUCUCCCAGCUCUUCUUCAUGCGACUGGUGGGCAAGACACCCAUCGAGACGCUGAUCCGAGACAUGCAGUUAUCAGGGAGCUCCAUCAGCUGGCCCUAUGUACCGGGACAGUAAACCCUGUUGAUUCCAGAGUGAGACAGACUGAGAUCAGAUUGGGAGGAAUCAGAGCUCACAGAAUGUUAUGAACACAAACUGGGAUUUCAGAUGUUUAAGGUCGUUGUCGUCAGCUUUUCCCACGUUAGCUCUGAAAAGUUGGAAGUCACACCAAAGCUGCUGUCAGGGAAACAAAAAUGGGUAAUUGUAAUAUAUUUGCAGCACUUGUCAGUUUUGCUCUGGCCUCCGUCUGAUUUCUCUGUCUCAUUUUGGACAAAAACACAGGGCUUUAAUUAAAAUGAAGACUCUAACAUGAGGCCAUGUGCCUGUACUACCUCUUCCCAGAUCACCCUUAAUGUGACUCCGUUUUAACCCAGGCUCUGUGUUUCCCCUCUGCUUUGUUUUUCAAGUGAAAAUGAAGCCAUAGCAGCGCCACUUUUACAGGCAGAGCUUUAUAUCGGAGACAUGUCGUGCAAAUCAUACCUAAGUCGUGUCAUGUUUGAUAAGUGGGAUAAAAAUAUCACACUUUUUUACCAAAUGUAUUUGUGAAGAUAUAUCAAAGUAUCAACUUUUACAGCAUUUAAACAAAGAAGAGGCAUGGGAAUUGUAUUGUAUGUCAUACUUUAUGAAGUACUGUAUAUACAAGACAUGUAUGUUAUGUACUUAAAGAGAAGUUAAGGGAAAUACGCUUAUGAUCAUUUGAUGAGAAGAUUGAUUCCACAUAGACAGUACUGCUAGACAGUAAAUGUGAAGACAGAAGUCUUUAUGCUAAGCUAAGCUAACCAGCUGCUGGGUUGAGCUCUGUAUUUACUGUACUCUCUGCAAAUAGAAGUGAAUAACCAUAUUUCUUAAAAUGUAAAGCUAUUCCUUUAAUAUAGUAUGUUAUACAAUAAUGUGCUUGCGUGUGAAUGUACUUAAACACACCCUGGCUCCUCAGACAGUCACAUCCCUGUUAAACAUUAUUACCUCAUGUUUUAUACAUCAAAGACAAAGAUUGUAUAUUCAUGUGCUAAAGAUAAAUACAAAGGGAUCAAGGCAUCUUUAUCAGAAACCAGAAACACUAAUAUUCCUCUAUAGACUUGUCUGUCCACCAGACUUUGGCCAAAAUAUAUUUGUUUGAAAUGCAAUGCUUAAUGAUUGAAGGGCGCCCAAAGUUUGACAUAUUAUUUACAGAAAUCUACAGCUUAGUCAAGUGACUCAAGUUUCUGGUUAAUCUCCAACUGGAGACUGUUUCCUUUACUUUUAUAAGAGCAGAGGUAAUUCAUUCUCAUUUCUUUUUACACAUGGUCCCAUUGCAGAAGCAGUGUGACAAAGCACGGCCUAACGUGGACAGAGGUCACUUUCAGAUAAUUAUGCUUGUGCAAGGUACUCUGAGUGUUGUAAGUGUUGUAAAGGUUAUGGUGUUUGUUGAUACUGAGAUAAAGGGUACUUAGUAGUUACAUUCAUGAGUGUUAUUGCCAUGAAGUGCAGCUCAAUGUGACAAAUGUUUUCUUACCAAAUUAACUGACUGAAAGGAAAGACAGUGUGGGGACAAAUGUGUUUUUGGUAUGACUUAUUGUACUACCCAUAAAAAAGGCAACAAUGAUCACCAAUGCUUUCAAACAACUUCAUCAUCAGCACUUCAUGCUGUCCUUCAGUCACUUUUUGUGUUAUUUGUUGGAAUAUAAACGGUAGUGAUUUGACUGUGUAAAGCUUUACUUUUAAAAGAAGCAUGUUUUUUAUGAACAUGCCAAACCUAAAAAAUGCAAAAGAAGUUCAUAUGAAUGAUUCUUUUUUGCAUUAUUAGAAAUAAAAGUAUGCACAUUCGUUCA